CAGAAAGUUACAAACUGCUUGAUACCUUGAUUUCGUCAAAAAGGAAAAAGGAAAAAGGGAAAUAGGGCGAUUUAUCAACUUACAAGGAAGAAGAUAUGGGAAGCGAGUACGACGAGGCGAUUGCAGCUCUGUCAAAUCUUCUAAGUGACAAAACUGAUCUCGGCAGUGUUGCCGCCUCGAAAAUCAAACAGAUAACGGCCGAAUUAGAGGCAGCUGGCAGUUCCGACGCGGAUAACCGGAUCAAAACCGGUUUCAAUCAUUUCAAGACAGAAAAAUUCGAGAAAAAUCCUGAUCUGUACGGUACACUUGCCAAAGGCCAAAGCCCCAAGUAUAUGAUAUUUGCAUGCUCCGACUCUCGAGUGUGUCCGUCCCACAUCCUGGAUUUCCAACCGGGGGAGGCUUUUAUGGUUCGAAACAUUGCCAGCAUGGUCCCGCCCUAUGACAAGAAAAAAUACAGCGGAGUUGGUGCUGCUAUUGAGUAUGCAGUCCUGCAUCUAAAGGUGGAGAAUAUUGUGGUUAUCGGGCACAGUUGCUGUGGAGGCAUCAAAGGGCUCAUGUCUAUCCCAGAUGAUGGAACCACUGCUAGUGAUUUCAUAGAACAAUGGGUUAGCAUCUGCUUAGCUGCGAAAACCAAGGUGAAAUCAGAAUACAAUGAGAUGGGUUUCCAAGAACUAUGCGACCACUGCGAGAAGGAAGCAGUGAAUGUUUCUCUGGGGAACUUAUUGACAUAUCCAUUUGUGAGAGAGGCAUUGGUGAAGAAAACUCUUGUGCUGAAAGGUGCACACUAUGAUUUUGUCAACGGAAAGUUUGAUCUCUGGAAUCUCGACUUCCAAAUCUCCCCCACUUUAGCUUUAUGAGCAUUUUGAAUUUUGCAGUUUCAAAAACUUAUCGCAUAGAAUCAAAUUAGUGGUUGGGUCAUUAUUUUGGACUCAACUAGCAAAACAAUCGAGUUAAUGAGCUGAGUUAGGCUCAGUUUGCAUGUUGCAGAACAUGUACUUUUUUAUAUUUAUUUUUAACAAAUU